AUGGCACGGGCUAGGGAAGAAGCAGGGGACAGCCAGCUGGUGUCCGGUAGGGAACCGUUCUCGCGUAUCAUCAGAGUGUCUGUCAAGACCCCACAGGACUGCCAGGAAUUUUGGGUGGCAGAAAAUAGCAACGUUCACCGCUUUAAGAAGCAAAUCUCCAAAUACCUUCACUGCGACACUGACCGACUGGUGCUCAUCUUCACUGGCAAGAUCCUCCGGGAUCACGACAUACUGAGCCAGCGUGGCAUUUUUGAUGGCUCUACAGUCCACGUGGUCGUGAGGACUCGUUUGAAAGGAUCAGCCUGUACAGGAACUCUGGCAGGCCCCACAGGCAACUGUACCCACCGUUCGGAACCAUCGGCCUCUGAUAACGCUGCCGUGCUAGCCAGGUUGGGUCGGCUGGCCCGGAGCUCACCCGACCUAGCUGAUUUCUUCAGCCAGCUUGUCCAACUGCUGACGACAGCACCAGAGUCUGUGGUGCAGUUCUUGGAGGACCCUUUGAUUCAAGGACUGGUAAAUGAGAAACAAGCCAAUGGCAUGCACGUUCCCGAAUCCUCAAAGACGGUACAGAAACGGGACCCCGCUCUCAAGUUUCCGGAAACUUUUCAGAAACCUGCACGACAACAGGAAGUGCUUCAGGAACACAAGCAAAGGCUGGAGGCUCCGAAAGUCGUGCCAGGAGGAGACAAUGCUAUGCGUCCUGGCUGGUCUGAUAUCCAGCAGAUCAUCCUCUCCACUCUGGCCUUAUUGGUGGCCUCUAAAGGCCACAUUUCAGGCUCAGAGCUGUGUCGAGGAGAAGCCAGCACCGCUCAUGGAAGUUCUGAUCCCACCACCUCAGCUCCAGUCAGGACCUUGGCACAAGAGGUCAGUACAGGAGGCGUUACUCAGGCCAAGGGCACAGUUCCAAGUCAGGCCAGUUCAGGGUGCCGACCUGGUACACUCGACUUACACCCAGGCUCAGACUGCCCCUCCCAAGAGAGCCAGCAGCCGGUAGAGAAAACCCCUCUAACCACUCAGCCGAAACUCUCGCCCUCUGUCCUGCGUCGAGCCGUGAAUGUCCUGCAGAAGAAUCCAUCUCUGCUACAUCAGCUGGCAACUGGCAGCCCCCUACUACAGCAUAUGCCCCUUCUCCCGAUCCUGACCAACCCUCGAGCACUGCAGGCAUUGCUACAGAUAGAACAAGGCCUACAGACGCUCUCCAGGGAGGUGCCCGAGCUGGGACCGUUCCUAUGGAACUCAGCUAAACCACGCGGGGCUAGAGGAACCCCAGAAACUAGGAGUACAAGACAAGCCUACAGAGAAGACACCACACAACACUCCUUGGCCUUUCUCCAGCUCUUCCAUUCCUUGGCCAACGCUUGUUCCCUGUUUACCCAAAGUGCACUGUCCUCAGCCCUCCUCGUUGAAGGUCGUUACCAGCAAGAACUGGAGCAGCUGAAGGCCUUGGGUUUUUCUAACCGUGAUGCAAACCUGCAGGCCCUUAUAGCCACGGAUGGAGAUAUCCACGCUGCCAUUGAGAUGCUUCUAGGGCCUCCGCAGGUCUAG